AUGACUAACCAGCGACCACUGAGCCUCGCGGAAAAUGCCCCUGUAUUCGAUUUCUUGGCUUGGUCAAACCCCAAUGCCCUCUCCGCCACGUCGCUUGAUUUCUCACACCCAAGCGCUGAACUUGAACACUAUUCAUUUCAAUCGUACAGUCACAAGGAGCACCACGUUUCGUUGGAAUAUAGCCGAACGAGCUCCACCCUGAAUUUAUCCGAACAAAACAUCAUCGGCGGGCAAAAUUAUAUCACCACUGUGCCACAAACAGGGGCCGAUAUCGAGCAGCGAUUGUCAACCUGUGUUGGAGAUGAUGGUUCUGUAAGGGUCGCACCUCGCACACUUUGUGUACCCGGUCCUCGAUCAAGUAGUCCACGUGACGAACGUGUUGCUCCCGGUUCUAUCGUAAAGCACGAGCAAUCCCCAUUGAAUCGUGCAGUGUCGGCUGGUUCCUUGGGAGCGACUGUGGCUCAUUAUCGGCAACUGUCAGCUCGCGAGACGAGGGAGAUGAAACUUGGACAACGUCGCCGCUACUACAAAUGCCUUAUGGACAAGUGUGAUCGACUCUUUAGCCGAAAGAGCAAUGUAGAGAAUCAUAUUCGACCCAUCUGGACGAUAAGCCAUUCAUCUGUUCGCUAA